GUGUUUGGUGCUUCUGUGUUGUUGAUGUGUUUUAAUGUGUGUCUGUGCACUUUAACCUGUGUGUACUUAAUAUGUUACUUGGGUUAUGUUUUUCUUAUGCCAUCAACCUGCCGUUUAUAGACUCGUUGUGUCAUUUUACUUGUCUAUGCUUAUGUGUUCUUGUUUUAUGCUUAUGUGUUGUAUUGUUGUAGCCUAUCUAAUGUUUUAAGCCAUCAACCUGACAGGGACUGCAUGUGAAAAUGAUUCUGCAUGGCUAAAUCUGGCACAUAUACAUGUUGGACUCUGUGCUCAUGUUGAUUCAUGUGCGUUGAAAUCUAAAAAAAAAAACAUCAUUCCUUUCUUGUCAUUUCACCAUGCUGUUAGGGGGUCAUCGGUCUCCACUGUGGUUCCGCAGCAGCCCCCUGAAACCUGUCCAUAUCUGGAUGGGGAAACCAAUGUGGACCCUCAGUCUGGCCUCCUGCAUUAGCAGCAUCAAUGAGAAACUGCUCCUUACUCUUACUGGUGACAGUGUUAACCCGUGCAACGCUCAGCCUGUGGAAGCAAAGUUUGCAAACUCCCUUGGCAUCCUCACUAUGGCCUUUGGAUUGGUCGUCUUCGGCAUCCUGUCCAAAAACAGAUGGCAGCGUCCAGAAACAGAUAGUGAACGUGCUCAUCUUCUGCUCAAUGAAGGGACAGCAUGUGAGAACACUGAUCCAAUGUGCCAUGGAGAGCACAUAGUGCGCUGCUUUUCAUUCCUAUCAGAAGAAAACAACAUUGUAUUUCUCUGAGUAACAUGUUUACAACGGAUAGAAGAAAACCUUGUAUUGAAGCUGUUGAAGUGUGUUGUUGAAAGUACCAGUAUUCUUAGAAUCCUUGUAGUUUGCAGUAUUUAAGGGAGAUGGAUUUGUUUUACAAAUUUAAAAUUUUAAAAUUACAUCAUAUGUUCUUCUUUGUCGCUGAUCUAGGACGACCCAUUUUAAUAUUUAGUGAAUCAAUAUUCUAUCUCUCUAUCUACAAAGCUGAAUGUAUUUUUAACAAACGACAGAAAUGGAUGUUCAAUAUCAUUAUGACAGCUUCACAAAAAAUACUUGUGUCAUUAAUGUUACUAUAUGGUAGGGUUUAGAAACAACAAAAUAAAUGGUCAUAUCUUUCAGGAAAUUCUUCAGCAGCUCAUUAAGCAAAACAGCAUAUUAACACACAAAAAAAACAAUUGUCAAAACCGUAAAAAGUAUGAAACAUCAAAAAGCAGAAGAAGAAGCUAUAGACUCAGAUGUUGCUGGCAGCGCUGAGAUGUUACACCAUUUGAAUAGCUCCUGCUGAGCUUUCUGGAUCUUGAGUUGAUUCUUUAAGACGAGGAUUUCAUUUCCUCUGGUA